AUGCAGCUCGUCAGCGAUCUUCAGCAGCGGCCCAAGAAGGGGCGGCUGUCGGUCGAGAAGAAUAUCGUGCCCUUCUACGAUCUCUGCACGGCGGUGCAGUUCAUCACGUUUCUCAUCCACACCGUCACCACCGUGAGCGGUGCCAGCCGCACUUUUGUGCACAACAUCAUCGUCCAGAACGACUUUGAGCUCACGCCAGCCCUCGUGCACAAAACACGUGACUGCUCGUUCAGCACGGUCCGAAACAUGUACGCCUUCGACUCCGUCAACAUGACGUUCACACAGAGCUCCGUGAACGACGUCUUUGUGGAUCAGGCUAUACAGAUGCGCCUCGCCAUCUUCGUGUGUGCCGUCACCUUCUUCGUCGGUGCCGUGAAUCGUACGCUGGUCGAUGCCAAUGUGUUUGUCAUUACGUUCCGCAACUUCUACUUCUGGAAGGACAUCAUCUCCGCCGCGGAGCUCCUGCUGCUCGCAUAUGUCAUGCAGAUCACAGCGACCAUAGUGCAGCCAGCCAGUCUCCUGCGGGACUACCUGCGGCACUGCGGGGUGCAAGGGAGCUCCUAUCUGCCCUUCAUCAGCAUCAUCAAUCUCUGGGUGUUCGCUGGCGUCGGAUACCUCACCUACGUGGUUGGCAUUGCUCUGUAUCUCAACAACACACUGCCCAAGUACGGCGUGAUGACGCCGCAAGAAAUCGAGGAGUACAAGGCGUGGUUGCGCAGCCGCCGCACAGAACAGGAGCAGGUGCGCAUGCUGAUCGAUGAAGCCAAAAAGGCGCAUGCCCGCCUCCACCUGAUGAACAGCACCGACUACAAGCAAGGCGAGAGCAACGCCCUUGCCCUGCCGCCAAGUAUAAUGGGGCCGAAUGGCCCCACGUACCCGUACCCUUACAGCGCCGCAUUCCCCGACUACGCACCCCCAGCGCCAGGGAUCCCAAGUGCAAUAACAGACCCACGUCUACCAGCGCCGCAGUUGUUUGGGGCAGGCAUGAUACAGACAUCUGGUCAACCGGGCAUGAUGCCAUCCUCUUUGUACAACAGCGGGGAACCGCCCGCUGCCGGCCCGUCAUUCUACGAGACGAUGCCGCCAGGAACGACGGCACACGUGUCCUCCGCUCCGAGGGACCCGAUGUCCCUUCCCAUCAACAUGCCACGUAGACGCACUGCGCCAAGCCCCAGUCAGGGGAACCCGCCCACGUACAAUUAA